AUGGAUGCGAGAUUGAUCCCCAUAGUGGUAGGUGUCGGCGAUGCCUUGAAUCGAUCCAGAAAGCCGGAAGAAGCGGUGGAGCCCCUGCAAUUGAUGGUUCAGGCCAUUGAGACGGCAUUUCAAGAUACAAACCUCUCACCCUCUGCAGCAGCACAGCUCCGAGAGAGUGUCGAGAGUAUCGAUGUCGUCCGCAGCUGGACGUGGCCCUAUCCCGACCUCCCGGACCUUCUCUGUCAUCAUCUGGGCAUCACGCCAAAGCAUAAGCACUACCACCCUUUCAACUCAGGCAGUACACCAGGCCUGUUCUUCGAUGAGGCAUCUCGCAGGAUAUCUCUCGGAGAUGCAAAAGUCGCCAUACUGACGGGCGGUGAAGCUCUCGCGUCUCUGAGGGCGUGUUUAACCGCCAAAAUCAUGCCACCCCCGGGCUGGACCACCAUUGAGAAGACCGUUCGUGCUGUCGAAGACCCGACCACACGAGAGCUGCAGAAAAACGUUGCCGGGCGCCAUCAAAUUGGAGCGCCCAUCCAAGGGUAUCCGCUCUUCGAGAACGGGUUCAGAGCGCAUCGCGGCCAGACCAUCUUGGACAACAUCCGAGAGUCAGCCAAUCUAUACGGAGAAUUUGCCACCGUGGCACGAAAGAAUCCAAAUGCUUGGUUUUACGGAAACUCCGAAACCGCCGAGUCGAUCAAAACAGUGACCAGCAAGAAUCGGAUGAUAUGUUUUCCUUACCCUCUGUUGAUGAACGCGAUGAACGCAGUUAACAUCGGAGCCGCCAUUCUGUUGACUUCGACCGAUUACGCAAGAGAACUAGGAAUUCCUGAGGAGAAAUGGAUCUAUGCUUUGGGUGGCGCUGGCACUAGGGACAGCUUGAACUUCUGGGAACGCCCCAACUUCUACUCAAGCCCCUCGAUCUCCGUGUCGUUAGACGCCGCCAUUACCGCCUCCGCCGUGAAUAAGGAAGAUAUCGAUCUUUACGACUUCUACUCAUGUUUUCCUAUCGUCCCGAAGAUCGCCUCCAGUCACCUAGACAUUCCCAUUCCUGACCCGAAGCAUCCGGUCACGCUCCUUGGAGGCCUGACGUUUUUCGGCGGCGCGGGUAACAACUAUUCAAUGCAUGCCCUAACGGAAAUGGUGCGCGCACUCCGCGCCGGCAGAGGCAAAGUCGGGCUCGUCCUCGCCAAUGGCGGGAUCAUGACUUACCAGCAUGUCGUUCUUUUGUCGACCCAGCCACGUCGAGACGGAUCACCGUAUCCUAAAAGUCCACCACUUGCCGAAGUCGUUGUUGAUGCGCAGCCUCCAACUGUUGAAGAACUAGCAAAUGGCGCUGCGGUUGUGGAGACCUACACGGUUGACUUUGGCCGCGAUUCUCUUCCCCUCCGAGGACAUAUAAUCGGUCGAUUGACGAUCAACAACCGCCGGUUCAUCGCCAAUCAUGCCGACGAGUCGACCUUGAAACAGCUGUGCAGCAUGACAACGGAACCGAUUGGCAGGAAGGGCUGGUGCGGCAUCAAUCUACAGUACAUGGGUACAUGGUUCUCAACACAGUCCCCCGUACUUCAGACACUGUGCUCCUACUUCGAGCCUCCGUGGGCCGCCGCUAAGAUAUCCAAACGACCCCCAAAGCGAUCCGCAGCAGCACAUUCUCCUGUUGCAGUGCCACUGAGGAGUUUCUUCUAUGAUCUGACCAAAUGCUUCUACACCGCAACAAAAUCACCCUUGAUCAGGGAGCUAUCGAACCGAUACGCGCAUCUCGAAUUGACCUGCCUUGUCCUAGGCGUGCCGUUUCACCCUUGGCGGUCAUGUGUCUUUGUCGAAAACAAUGAUGAUCUCAUGAGACACUUGGCGUUCCAAAGGGGCAUUGCACCUGAGCAAGCGAUUUGCCUAGCAAGAAGUGCUGAGGGUGGUAUUCCGUUUCCUGCUGGAACCGCCAAUACGAUCGGCUGCUUCUGGCAGUCUUGGGGUGUCAAAGUCACGCGCGGGAAUCGGCGAGCUAAUCAGAUUGCGGUUUAA